AUGUCCGACUUUGAAGAAUUCAAAACCCUUGAGGAAACGCUCCCAGAAAGCUUGAAACGCUCGACGUCAUCCUUAUUCGAAACCUUAGUGACUCCUGAGCCCCAGGAGCGCCCUAGAGCCCCGAGGUCCCUUUCCUCGCACUUGCGCUCGCGCUUGGACCUUGAUGAAAAAGGAAAGCGUUCCGGCUCGCCUGUGCCGUUGCCACAACCAAAAUUCAAGGUCGACCUUAACCUCCCAGCGUUAAACACUAAGCAAUCGUCGACCGGUGUGUUGUGGGCCACGGAGCGUGCGAACGAGUACGGGUUCGGAAAAGAGCCGGAGAAGUGGGCGAAUUUGGGCCAGGGCUCGCCAGAGCACGGUGACACCAUUCCGGGAUCGUUCCCUCGCCCAAAGACGAUCCCGAUCCCGGACAUUUCCAAGGGUUACGGACCAACCGCGGGUGUCCACGAAUUGCGUGAAGCCGUCGCGAAUUUGUACAACCACGAAUACAGGCAGCAUUUACCCUCCAAGUACACGUGGAAGAAUGUGUGUGUCGUUCCUGGUGGCCGUGCUGGUUUGAGCAGAAUCGCGGCGAUUUUGACCGACUGUUACCUCUCGUUCUUCCUCCCGGACUACACAGCGUAUGCCGAAAUGCUCUCGUUGUUCAAGAACUUUGCGCCGCUUCCGGUGCCCCUUAAGGAAAUUGACAACUAUGAGGUGCACUUUGACAUCAUCCAGGGUGAAUUGGAGCGCGGGGUGUCUGCGAUCUUGACCUCGAACCCGAGAAACCCAACGGGUCAGGCGAUGACCCUGGAGCAGCUCCAAGGCCUUCACGACUUGUGUCGCUCAAAGUGUUUGCUCAUCAUGGACGAGUUCUAUUCGCACUACUACUACGAAAAGUGCGAUGGGUCGUCCCUUUCGUCCGCCAGCUACAUCCAAGAUGUCAACAAGGACCCUGUCUUGAUUCUCAACGGGUUGACAAAGCUGUUCCGUCUUCCUGGCUGGAGAACGUGUUGGAUCUUGGGCCCAGAGGAGUACAUCAACGCUUUGUCCUCCGCCGGCUCGUAUCUUGACGGUGGCUCCACCGCGCCGUUCCAGUAUGUGGCGGUUGACUUCCUCAAGCCAGAUUUGGUGAAACAGGAGAUGAUGGCGUUGCAGCUCCACUUUAAGAUGAAGAGGGACUACUGUUUGGACAGACUCACCAAGAUGGGCUUCUCGUUCAAGGACAGGGUGCCGAACGCGACAUUCUACAUCUGGUUGGACCUCUCGCACUUACCAGGGAAGAUUGCCAACUGUUUGGGCUUCUUCCACGAGUGUUUGCAUGAACAGGUGAUCUGUGUUCCGGGCUUUUUCUUCUUGAUCAAUCCGCAGAACUUGAGUCGUUUAACGGAUGUUAUUAUGUACAGCUUUGUGCGUUUGAGUUACGGUCCGGAGUUUGAAGAGUUGGUCAAGGGUAUGGACGGGAUAGAGCGCAUCUUGCGCAGAUUUCAUGCCAUGCCAAAGCCGAUCGCCUUUGAGGUAUAG